AUGACCUAUAUUCUUCACAAGAUUAAGACGUUGAGAAGAUUAAUACUAAGGCCAACUUUUUCAAAUCAUGGUUUUAAAGCUUUAUGUCUUGAAGGCCUUGCUAACAUAGUAUACUGGGUGUUCCACGCCAUCGAACUUACGGAUGAGUACAGAGAUGACUGUUGUACAGAUACUGUAGAUGAUGAGGCCUUCACUAGGGAAGUUCUUGCUCGUGCCGACAAAGGUGGGGCCAUCACUAAUGGUCAUGAUCAUGUCGAUAUGCCUAUUAGGCUUUUGUGCUUUGGAGAGGGUUGGUGGCUGGGAUGGCUUCAGAAUCAUGUUGGUUUUAUUGAGGAGAACGGUCUCGUACAUGGUGUUCAACAUGGUGAACGGGCCUGGCCAAGGCUUGCUCCAGGCAGGCUGUUAGGAAUGGGACUUGUCUUCCUCAAGUUUUUUUUAUCUUUUGGAAGAGGUGACAAAUGGCGAGAUCAGCACUUGGGAGCUCAUCGUCUGCCAAACGACAAGGUGAUCUUGGCAGAGGUUGUUGAGCCUUUUUACCGUUGUGCGCUAUCGGACGUUAUAGGUCACUCUCUGGCUUUCCUUGGCCCUGGUGGAGCCCUCUUUUCAACGGGUUGUACCGUUAGAACGUUUCGAGAGGUGAUGCUCGUGGCCAAGAACCAACAUACGAGGAUCAUUGAGCUUGAUGUUAAUUUUGAUCGGCUUUUCCUAACGAGCCCUCAUCAUAUGCCGAAAUUCAGAGUUAACAGGUUCGGCAGUUGCCAAGCCCUUGCCCUUAGAGCAUUGGUUAAGGGUGUACACGCUUUGGAGGGAGUGUUCUUGCUGAACCUACAUGGUCUGCUCAAGGCCUUGCUCAAGAUGGCAGAAUAG